AUGAAUACUGAGCUAAGUCCAUCUCAAAUGGCUUGCAGCGCAAUGAUGUAUCGGUGCAUCAAAGAUCAUCAAUUUGAUUAUAUAAAAUUGUUAUUAGAAAAUGGAAUGGAUGUAAAUCAACCAAUCAUAACAACUGGAGAAUUUGCGGGCUACACAGCAUUACAUGUUGCGUGCAUGGAAGAUGACAGUGAAUUGGUGCGGUUACUGGUUGAGAAUUAUGGAGCAGAUGUCAAUGCCAUGGCUGCUGAUGGGACUCAACCCAUACUUUUGGCUUGUUUUUAUGAAAAAUGCCACGAUGACCUAUGUGAGUGUUCUGAGGAAAGUACAACAGGCAUAUUGGCGCAUGCCAAGGCAAAUAAUGAUAUCGAAUUUGGUCCAGAAAUUUUGUCAAAGCACUUUAAAAACAGACAUUGGUAUACCGAUUUCGGUGACAAAAUUCCACUCGUUGCUUAUCUUAUUUUUAAUGAUGAAACGUAA